AUGUCUUUAGCAGAUGAGUUUCUCGCGGAUCUCGGCGAAGAGGAGGCCGAGGACAUCAUGACGACACAGCCAGAGUUCGCAGUACCACAACAACCAGCAGUUUCUGCAUCAAGGAAACGGAAAGGAGAGGAUCACGACAUGAACGAUGGCGAGUCCAUCAAGGACGAGGACCUGGAUGACAAUGCGGAAGAAAUCGAUGAGGAUGACUUUGAUGAUGUGGAUAUGGAGGACUCUGAGGCGGACAAUUCAUUGGAAGCCAUGAUGCGUGAAGUCCAGAAUGCCAGGAACGCGAGGGAUACAGCCAAAUUGAUGGACUCUGCAGAAAUGAAAGGGAUCUUGAAGGACAUUGCGCAUUUUCAAUCAACCGCAGAGGCAAAAGGAUCAGAUGUGUCGGGCAUGGUCGAGGAUGACCCAGAAUACCAGCUUAUCGUCAAAGCAAACGCCAUCACCGUCGCCAUCGAUAACGAGAUCCUUGUCGUCCAUAAGUUCAUUCGAGACCAUUACGAACCCAAAUUCCCGGAGCUGGAGACGCUGGUGGCGAACCCUAUGGACUAUGCACGGACGGUCAAGCGGAUUGCCAAUCAAGAGGAUAUUGUCAAGGUUGAUCUGCACGACAUUCUGCCCUCUGCCACGGUCAUGGUCGUCGUCGUCACAGGAACAACAACUGAGGGUCGACAGUUGACGGACAGCGAGUGGAAGGCCUGUGAGGAGGCAUGCGACCUCGCACUCGAACUUGAGAAGGCCAAGCAAACUAUCACGGAAUAUGUUGAGUCGAGGUUGACGUUUAUUGCGCCGAAUCUAUCAGCGAUCAUUGGAACAGCAACGGCGGCCAAGAUGAUGGGUCAGGCUGGAGGAUUAACCGCGCUCAGUAAACUACCCGCCUGCAACAUCAUGGUCCUCGGCAAGGACAAGAACCUGAACAGUGCGCUCUCUGCAGCAUCGCAGGUCAAGCAUGUGGGAUACAUUUUCCGGUCACCUUUUGUCCAGUCUCAACCCUCAGAGAUCCGUGGCAAGGUCCAACGACAGAUCUCUGCAAAACUCUCGCUCGCGGCCCGAAUCGAUCGCAUGCACUCAUACCCAGACGGAUCCUGGGGCCGCAAAAUCAGAGAGGAAAUCGAGAAGAAGAUCGAGAAACUGCUGGAACCCCCACCGCAGAAGAACAUCAAGGCCCUGCCUGCACCUCUGGAGGCACCAAAGAAGAAGCGUGGAGGACGGAGGGCAAGAAAGGAGAAGGAACUGUAUGCGGUCUCAGAGAUGCAGAAACUGAAGAACCGGGUUGAAUUUGGAGUGCAGGAAGAGGAAGUGAUGGGAUAUGGAACGACGGAGGGACUGGGUAUGUUGGGUCAAAACCAUUCUGGAGCGGGAGCAGGACGAAUCCGAGCAGCACAGCAAAAUAACAGGAACCGGGGUAAGAUCUCGAACAGGAACGCGGCACGUUUGGCACAAUAUGGAGCUAAUAGUAACAGCAAUGGGUUGGCGACCGCGGGAACUGCGUCGUCGAUUGCGUUUACGCCGGUGCAGGGUAUUGAGUUGGUGGAUCCGACGGCGAUGGCGGCGAAGGUCAAGGCGGCAAAUGAGAAGUACUUUGGAAGCGGCGGAUUCUUGAAGGUGCAACAGAAGAAGUAG